UUACCAUAACUUAUGUUUUUCCUAUCUAUAUCUUUUAAAGAGUUGUGGAAACAUUAUAGAGUGGUUUUUACAACUGAAUUGGCCUUCAAAAAUACCAAACGGGGAGUUUUAUGUUUUCAUCUUCUAGAUCGAUGGAUAAUGGAGAAUUUGCAGUAACAUUUGAGGCACCGUACGAGAACCAUUCUCAUACGAGGACCUGGUUCAAAUUCAUGGAUUUAAGGGCGUUGGUGUAAAUAUAGACAGGAGUGGAUGGGGUUUAGAACGAUGGUCUCUCCGAACAGAGGUCAGACGGCUCAUUUCCCGCCUCUCGCUAGGCAAGGCACUCUCUACAAUCUGACCCUCGAUGAGGUCCAGAGCCAGCUAGAGAAUUCUGGAAAGACCUUGGAUAGCAUGAAUUUGGAUGAGCUGGUGAAGAGUGUUAUUGGUGCAGAACAGGACCAGAUUGUUCAGAAUGCUGCUUCUUCGUCGUCGUCCACUGCUGUUACUCCUGGGAAUUUGAAUUUAAAUCAAACACUAGGUAGAAAAACUGUUGAUGAGGUUUGGAAAGAAAUUGUUCAGCAAGUUCAAGGAAAUGCAGGUCAUGAUGGGUCAGUGCAGAGGCAACCCACCCUUGGAGAAACUACCCUUGAAGAUUUCCUGGUCCGGGCUGGUGCCAUUAAUUUUGGCAAUCAAGAUGGUGCUGUUGAUGAACAGCAAUUGGUUGCAGCAGCAUCGCAACAGGCAGAUUGGUUGCAGUUCCAGAUGGCUGCUGUUCAGCAACAACAGCAGAUGACAGUUUUGGAUUCGACUAUGUCUCUUCCUGUAUCAGUGUUUGGUAUUUCAUCUCUGGAUGUUGGAUACCAUGAGAAUCAACUGGCACUAUCAAUGCCAAUGCCUUUGGUGGUAGCCACACCAACAGAGUCGCAGGGAGCAGUCGAUAGGAAACGACGGUUCUCAGAUGAGAUAAAGGAGAAGACCAUUGAACGGAGGCAGAAAAGGAUGAUUAAGAACCGCGAGUCAGCUGCUAGAUCAAGGGCAAGGAAGCAGGCUUAUACAAACCAGUUGGAGCAUGAAAUUGCACAAUUGAAGGAAAAAAAUAAGCGGCUUAAAAAGGAGAAGGAGAUGCAGAUGCUUUUUUCUUAUGAUCCAACUCCAAUGCCUAAACACCAACUUCGCCGUAGUAGCUCAGCAACAUUUUGAUGCAGGAAUGGCAAUGUGUUCAUCAACCAGAAAAGAAAAUUUGGUGUAUGAACUGUCAGUUAACCAAAUGGAAGUUCAUAACACCAAUGCAAUCAAUACAAAGUUCCUCCUUAUGCAGGAUAGGACAAUUGGGAUCAGACAAUGAAGAGAUGACAGAUAUAGCUUUCUUAUAUACUUCCAUGGAAAUUUUGUAACAGAAAUCAUACCAAAGCAGAAGAUUGCUACAAGGACUCAAAUGAAAGAACCAUAGCUUUUAUCAUUUUAGUUUUGAAUGAUUGAUAGUUUAAUAAUAUGAUUGAAGAUGUUGUGCA